UAUUUGCCAUUUAUCCAUCGAGUGGGCAGCAGUUAUGGCAACCAAAGAGUACAGAACAACAAUACGUUAUUUGUGGCAACUCCUCAGAUAAUCCCCAUAGUUACAAUAAUUGUUGUCACGUGACUAGCAACUUGUAAACAUUGGAGACCAGCUAGCUAGGCAGCAAGCAAGAUUGACUCGAAAUUCGACUAGUCUACAUUUAAACUCUGAGCAAUGGAAAGGUUAAUUUAUCCGUUGUAUAGCUAGAUAAUAUGUCUAUGACCAAUACCAAACAAAAUCGAAUAUUGUACUUUACGAUAUAUAUUCAUCUGGGGAAAAGAACACCUCAAGAAGAAAGGAUCAACUAUGAUGCUGAAUUUGGAGUGCAAAGACAGUAACGCUAGCCACGCUAGCUAGCUCUUCUGUCAGACCAGAUGGGAGCAAGCGCUUCAGUAUAUCUUUGUAACGACCCAGCCACCGUGCGAAUUCGGAAGCACAAUGCUAAGAUCAGCCCUGAGCCUGUGGUUCCAGACCAAGGACCCCACUCCCGCACUGUGUUCGGCGUUGCCCUGGAAACACUUAGGGAGGACAACCAGCUUGAAUGUGGGGUUCCCCUCGUACUGCAACACAUGGUCGAGUACCUGGAUAGAAAUGGUGUGCAUCAGAGAGGGCUGUUUCGUCUGUCCGGCCCUGUGGUGAGGACCAGGCUGCUGAGGCAGAGGUGGGACAGGGGGGAGGUGGUGGACCUGGAGCAGGAGGGGGACGUGUCCACCGUGGCCUCCCUCCUCAAGCUCUUCCUCAGGGAGCUCCCAGGGGCGCUCAUACCGGAGCCCCAGCGCAAGGACCUGGUCGCCAGCCUCGCAGAGGGGGCUGAUGGAGCACAGCUCAACACGGCCCUGAGACAGAAGUUCAACAGCCUGCCUGCUGACAACCACAUCAUCUUGUCCUACCUCAUCCACUUCCUGUCCAGGGUGGCCUCUCACAGCCAGUCCAAUCACAUGCCAGUGGAGAACCUUGCCACAGUCUUUGGACCCUGUAUAUUCCAGGUCCCUGCCAGCCCCAGGAUGCUGGAGGAGCAGAGUGUGUGUAAUGCCUUACUGCUGCACCUGCUCCGACACCAGGCUGUCCUCCUCGCCCCCCCUCCGGAGCUUCUGCAACCGCCCCACCCUCCCCCUGCCUGGUACCCCACCCCCUCGCCCCCUCCCCCGCCCCUCUCGGCCCUGUCCCUUCCCCAGGCUCCUCUCUGGCCCUCGUGCUCAGAGGUCAGCCAGGCUGGGCUGGAGGCCGACCACAGCCUGGACAUCACAGGCACCAGCAGCACCAGUCACACGUGGAGCCUCACCAACCUGCCCAGCCCCGACCUCCUGGAUGUUGGCAGUGAGAGCAGUGCCCAGCGGCUGGUCUCAGACCAGCUGGAAAGAGGAAGAGAUGGAGAGGCAGAGUCUGUCUCUCUCUGCUCCACUGAUCUUGGAACAGUUUUCAAAGAGGACUGUUAUCUGGUUUCUGGGGAUCUGAAUCAGGACCUGUGGAGGUCUGAGCAACCCAGAGGGUGGUCGGACAGCAGCCAGACCCAGACCCAGAACCGGGUCCCAGCCCAGACCCAGCAUAACGACAGAGUGACAUGCGGACGUGUGGAAGAAGGAGAGAAGCUCACAGAUGCAGAGAAGGAGCGAGGAGGAGGAGAAGAUGGCUGCACCUUGUGUUGUGAUGACAGCCCCUCGCUGAAGCAGCAGGCCCUGGAAACUGAGUUGGGCCCCCCGCCCCCGGAGGACAGACCCCCCAGAGAGGACCCCAGAACACGAUCCUCACCUGACCCCUGUGUCAAAGACCCCCCGAGCCCGCCUGCUUCCUACCUCCACCCUCGUCCUCCCCAGGACCGGAUCAUCACUCCUCCACACACAGUCCAGCAGCUCUCUACUUCUACCUCCGAGGGGGGUGAUGGUCCGGAUCCUCAACCCCACCCUCAGCCCCACCCCCAGCCCCACCCCCAGACCCAGCCCCACCCCCAGCCCCAUCCCCUGACCCACCAGCCCCACCCCCAGACUCACCCCCAGACCCAGCCCCAGCGUUCCCCCAGCUCCAGCCCCCUGCUCCUGCACAUCGCGGCAGCAGACUGCCCCCUGCCGUCCCCUCGAUGUUCCAGCCUCAGCCUGAGUCAGCGCUUCAACACAGACCCCGACAGCGCGCCCUCACCCCCCUGCUCACAGAUCAGGAUGGCUCGCUGCAGUGUCAGGUCCCUGCCAGCAGAGAGCGCUCCCGAGGCGCUGUCAGUCCCCAUGCUGAACAGACACAUCCACCAGCUGAGGAGGAGGAUCAGACGCUUUGAGGAGCGCUUUGAACUGGAGCGCCACUACCGGCCGGCUCAUAACGAUAAGACAGCCCACCCAGAGAUGUCCCGGCUGAUGAAGGAGAUCACCAGGUCACGCAAGCAGCUAAAAGAGCUGAAGCUGCGUCAGUGCAUGGAGGGGCUGAGGGAUCAGGAUGGAGCUCUGGGUUCCUGCAGGGCCGCCAGCGGCCAGCAGAGGGCGGUGGAGCAGCAGCACAACAGCAACAACAGCCGGCCCUCGCUGGAGGAGACCGUCCUGACCCUGACGCGCAGGCUGAGAGACCGGCGGGAGGAGCUCCACCUGCCGGACGAUGUCAAGGAGAUGAACCAGGGUCAGAUGGCUCUGGAGAAGGUCAGCCUGCAGAAGUGUCUGUUGUACUUUGAGAGCCUGCACGGCCGGCCGAGCUCCAGACAGGAGCGAGCCCUGAUGAAGCCUCUGUACGAUCGCUACCCCCGCCUGGUCAAGCAGCUUCUGUGCCCGACGCCGUUCAUCCCCACCAUAGAGGAAGAGGAGGGUUCUGAUGAAGAGUGUGUGAAGGCCGGCCCCCAGCCCUGUGUCCCGGCGCCGCCUGGCGCGCCCUCGGACGUCUCUCUGCACGUCUCUCUGCACAUGCCGUUCCUGGAGGACCCGCCCCUGCUGUCCCCUCUGGAGGAGGCCAAAGGUCUUCAGGCUCCCAGCGUCACCAUAGCAACUCUCCACGAGGCACCAAGGGAGGAGCUCCUGGAGCAGCUAAAGAUCACGCGGGGUGAGAAGAGGAGAGUGCGCCUGCUGCUGCGGGGCUUCGAGGAGACCUUCUCCUCCCAGACGGGGCGGAGUGUCCAGAAGGAGGACCGUGGACCAAUGGCAGAGGAGUACUGCCAGUACAAAACCCUCAAAGGUAAGCUCCGCCUACUGGAAGCCCUGCUCAGUAAACAGGACACGCCCAAGACCUGCUGAGUCACCAUUUCUCACUGGGACUUUUAAUCUGAAAGUUUACUUUUAAUUUUUUCAUUUCAACACUCGAGGACUUUUUUUUUUUUUUAAGAGCGUUCAUUGUUAAAAGUGAGAUUUGGUGGUAGGCCUACUUCUCGUUUCAUGCCAUGCUUAUUAUGUUGAUGCACUUUAAAUGGUUUGACGUCCGCACUUGGAGAGAGAAUUGACAAAAUGAGAUUAUUUUAAUAUAUUUGUCAACAACUCUCUUGUCUUGGUGACAUAAUAAAAAAUAUUGUUGUCAUGAAGCUAAUGUAGCAAGUGUACACGCCUUCAUUCCAAGAAGAAAAAAUAACGGAUAUUAUAACAACAGUUGAUGUUAGAUACGUUAGCGAUUUAAAUGUUCUAUUUAUGGCACAUUAUUGUUUGUUUUGUUUUUUUCUUCCUGCAAAAAACACUGUUGUCAACAUAGAACAGAUACGUGGGUUAAGCUAUAACGAUGCGCUAAGUGCUGACUCGGCAAGAGGGAUCUGUCACCCAAACACACAAUCCGACAAUCCUUUAGAAUGUUUGUGAGGGUCAAUCCGUUUUUGUCCUACAUUGUGCUAUGAUAUGUAUUAGUAAUCUCAUAGUUAAUAUGAAUUGUGACAAUUCAAGUUAUACAUUACCCUUGGAAAAAGAAUAGUUGUACAUGUUAGCAUAGUAGUGCAAGUAAUUUUUGCUGUCAAAUCUGGGGUUUUAUCUCCUUUGCUAGAAAAAAAACCUGUUUUCCCCCUCCCAUAUAUGCCAUUCUUUACUAUGAUCAAAGCUUUUGACAUUGUGCACUUCUGGUUUAUAUUUUUUAUAUAUCAAUAAAAAAUAAAUAUUUUUUCACAUUUACUCUGCUAAACACAGUUUCUGGUUUUUCUUUUAACUAGAAUAAAUAAAACGGUAGCCAUGGUCGGUAGAGGUACUGAUAGUUGUUAAACUCAUGCUGCACAGAACUGCAUCAUGCUUUUAAAGGUUAGAGAAGUGCUUUGACUUCCAAGUUCAGACAGAGGUUGUUGCAUUAGUAAAGUCUUUCUACAGCGGGUUUUUGUCUGUGUUUUUGCGUUACCUUUGGCAUUAGGAUGACGAUGCUGCAGACCCAAGGUCAGUACCAGGCUCUACCACUACUAAGAUCUGGAACAAUAUACUGAAACACUCAGGUGAGACCAAGGAACAAAAAAUCUGGAGCACACAACAGAAAGAAGAACAGGUACAACGGAUAGUCGGUAAAAUGAGAACUAAUUAAAAGUGUUUGAGGAAAAUUAGGAAAA